AUGAAGUUUUCAGCAUCCGCCGCUGCUGCUCUUGCUAUCGCUACCUUGGCGAAUGCCGCUCCCGCUCCUGUCCCCAGUGGUGGCGUAGAUGUCAGAGCCAAUGAUACCGCCCCUGUGUAUCACACCAUGUCUGAUUUCGACUUCCAAUCUCUCAACUUGGCCUUGAACCAAGAAUGGAUCGAACUUGAUUUGUUCAACUACGGUGUCCGAACUUUCUCAGAGGCAGAUUUCGCCGCUGCUGGUAUCAAUGCUGAGGAAAUCUCUUUGAUCCAAUUUAUGGCCAACCAAGAAGUCGGCCAUGCUACCCUCCUCACCAACAUUCUCUCCGCAUACGGUAGAACCCCCGCUAAGCAAUGUACAUAUGCUUAUGACUUCUACACUGUCCGAGACUUUGUCAACUUCUGUCAACGAUUAACUCGAUGGGGAGAAUCUGGUGUAUAUGGAUUUUUACCUCAUUUGGAUUCUAGACCUUCCGCUCAAUUGUUAUUACAAUCAAUUACCACUGAAGCUAGACAGCAAAUGAUCUUCAGACAACUCGCUGGAGCUUUCCCUAUGCCAGUAUACUUCGAAACUGGUAUCUCUCAAGCGAUGGCUUGGACCUCUUUACAACCAUACUUGAUCUCUUGUCCUGCUGAGAACCCAAGAAUUGAGUGGCCAAUCUUCCCUGCUCUCAACGUCACCAACGACGCCAACCUCCUCGUCGAUGGAUACAACGCCGCUAUCUCCCACAACAGAACCGCCCUCACCGCCCCUGGCAAGACUGUUGAGAUAACAUGGGAAGCACCAAAGGGUAACAUCUCUUACGACGGUCUCUACAACUCUACCGUCGGUGGAAAUGUCAUGAACGCUACUAUGCCAAAGUACGUCGCAUGGAUUUCUCAACUCAACACCACCUACACCGACUUCAACAUCACUGGAAACUACUCUGGAAUGACCACUCAACCUGGAGGGGUCGUUUUUAAUUCAACAGAUGACGGUGUUGUCAACGGUACGAUGUUCAUCGCUCUUACCGACUCAAACCCAUAUGUUACCCCUUAUAACUUGUCCCUUUUGAACGACUACAUCAUCGCCUGGGGUCUUUACCAAGCCGAUUAA